GCUCUGCGGGCUGAUAUCCGAGCGCUACGUCAGAGGGACGAUGGUGGCAGCCUGGUAAAGAUGGCCGCUCUCUCCGAGGAUCGGAGAUAUGGACUGAACUGCGGCCGAACUGCCGAAACAAUCACCGUUUUACACGUUAAACUAACCGAGACAGCCAUCCGAGCUCUGGAGAGCUACCAGAACUGUAAGAAUGCACCGUCCUCGCAGCAGCCAACAAUACAUUUCCAAAAACUGCAAGGGCGUAUUAAAAUUCCAAAGUCCGACGUCUCAGACGGAGCUCACAUCUUCGAUUUUUACCUGUCCAAUGUUGGCAAGGAUAAUCCUCAGGGAAGCUUUGAAUGCAUCCAGCAGUAUACGCCCAGCUCCGGAAGCCCCCGGCUGUCCUCUCUGGGGGCCAUUCAGGACAAAAUCACAGUGUGUGCAACCAGCGACUCGUACCAGGUGACCCGAGAGCGUAUGACCCAGGCUGAGGAGGACACACGCAAGAGGAGCACCAAGGUCAUCAAACCUGGAGGACAGUUCAGAGGUACAAAGGUCCAGAUCCGAAAGCCAGCCCCCUCCGCCCCGGACUUAGUUCCGGAGAGAAAGCGGUCGACCCCCAUGAACCCAGCCAACACCAUCCGCAAGUGCCUUACCAACAACCCGGUGUCCCAGCGGCCAUACCGGGAGCGCAUCAUCCACCUGCUGGCUCUGCGCUCCUACAAGAAGCUGGAGGUUUUGGCCAGGCUGCAGCGAGAUGGGAUCAGCCAGAAGGACCGCAACUCGCUGGGAAGCACUUUACAGCAGGUGGCCAAUCUGAACCCGAAGGAUAACUCGUACUCUUUAAAAGACUUUAUCUACCGUGAGGUUCAGAGGGACUGGCCCGGUUACACUGAGGAUGAUCGAGUCCAAAUCGACCGCAUACUCACCCGUAAACUGGGCCUGCCAGCAGAUUCUCUGUCCUCCAUCAGCUCUCCCAAAGAGCCAACAUCACCACAGAAACGCCAGCCUGAGGGUGACUUCAUUGAUCCCCUGAUGCCCAAGAAACCCCGUAUCUCCCAUCUCAGCAACCGAGGGGCUCUGACCUCAUCGGAUCGCCGAACCGCCGCUGAGGCGGAGAAGAGAGCUGCCCCUCCGGUGAGCGCAGCCUGCCCAGGUGCCUCAUCCCAACCCCCGGUGUCCCACCCUUCCUCAGGCUCCAACUCCAAUUCGCCCAGCACGCCGGAAGGCCGCGGAACCCAGGACCUUCCCCUCGACCAGAGCUCCACGUGUGGGGAGGAGACGGAACGCUACUCUCCCAGCGUCCUCACCCCCAGCUCCACCUUCCUGCCGCCCACGGCCAUGUCCCCAGCAGCCAGCAGUAGCAAAAAGCCCAAAAAGAAGUCCAAGAAGCACAAAGACAAGGAACGCGAGAGGAGAGAGGAAAAGGACAAAGUGCGACACCGGGAGGCCGAGGAGGACGAGAGGCCCAAAAAGAGGCACCGCUCUGAGCCAGAGGAAAUCCACCUACCAGCCAAAGUGAACAGCCCAGUGUCAGACAGAGAAUCACACAAAGAAGACCGAACAAGCAAAUCUGAUGUCACCGAACUGUCGACCCCUGUGAUCCCUGAUUACAUAGCUAAGUACACCGCAGUUGUGUCGAUGGAUCAGAGGCAGCGCUACAAGGGCGACUUCAAUGCCGAGUACGAUGAGUAUCGCUCCCUUCACGCUCGUGUGGAAGGCAUCACACGUCGCUUCACACUUCUAGAUGCUCGGUGCAGACGUCUGCUUCCUGGAAGCAAAAAGUUCCAGGAGGCACAUGAAGAGGUCCUUCAGGAAUACAAGAAUGUGAAACAACACAACCCAAACUACCACGAUGAGCGGCAGCGCUGCGAGUACCUGCACAACAAGCUGGCUCAUAUCAAGCGGCUCAUUGCUGAUUUCGACCAGCGGCGGGCGCAGUCCUGGCUUUAGCCGGUCGGAGGCCGGCGGCCAAUCACUUCACAGACUAAUCACCACUGUCAGUGGGAGCCAGGGAUCAAACUGCCUGGAUUACUUUUAAUUUUCCUUACACAUCCCACACUUAACCAGAACAGCAUUUCAUUUCAUUUCAGUUUCACCUGCCCCUGUCUCUCUUUAUUUUUCCUUUAUUUUUUUUUUCUUGUCUUUUUUGAGAUGUUGUUCCCUGUGACCACUGCCUUCAUGUUUGAGAAGAGGCUUCUCUUCACGCUAGUGAUGUCACGCACGUCCAGAGGAAUAACACUUCCUUGCUUUGAACUUUAAAAAAAGAUAACCAAAAAAAAACGACUUAAGAAUUAAAAAUGUAUCAGUAUAAAGAAAAUACUAUAUAUAGCUACUUGUAUUUAAAAGGAAUAUGGAAGAUCUAUUUAUUUUGAAUGGAAGGAGUAAGAAUGAGUCUGUAGAUGAUCUUUCCUGGAUGCGAUGCAAUGCCGGGGGCCUUAAAUAAACUAUCUGUUCGACCUCCUGAAGCCUUUUGCACAGGGCGGCUGAGCCAGUGCGUAUUUAAAAAAAAAAAAAGAAAAAAAGAAAAAAAAAGAGGGGUACAUUGAACCAGAUGUGAGGAACCAGCAGCCAUGAGAUUCCUUUCCUCCCAGGACCCUGCCUUCAGUAUUGUUGCUUACUGUGCAAAUGGUGCCUUAAUGUGUUCGUUUACACACGAGAACACGGAGUCCAAGAGUCUCCCAGGGGCCUGAGCUAUUGGGAGAGGUGACCGGGACGUAGCGGCGUGUUAAACACGACGUUUGUGGAGGGUGCAUGCUUUCAUGUGUGUUUAUACGCUAACGUGAGAGGCCAGACGGCACUAGAGCGAGGGGUUGUGUUUGCCAGAUGUACGAGUGUGUACGGCUAAUUAAGAAUAGAUGAGUGCGUAUGCGUGUGAGUGCUAGGUGUGGAUGAACGGGUCCGUGUGAGAAAAUAGGUCGAGCUGACGUAAAGGAGAUAUUAAAAAAAAAAAUUGAAAAUGAAAACCAAAAAAAGCUGCUACAGUCUUUACGCCAGAGCACUCGUGAUCAAACUGGCUCGUGUUACAUGUUCUUAAUUUGAAAGAUAAGGACAGAGGAUGGCUAGUGUUCUCUCUACAGCGCCUUUAGAAACACAAGGUGCUGUUAACCCUUUUAGAACCCGAUUUUGUUUUAAAGGGGGGGUCAGAAGUAAUUAUUUCGCUUUUGAAUGCAUAUAUGGCGUUGAAUGCAUAGGAAAAUUAUUAAGGCAGCCAUGCUUACUAUAAAAGAAUAUAAAUAUAUAAUAUAUGGCACCCUGAAUGGCUAACAAAUAGAAAUACAAGUAAAUCUUUUUUUCCCAUAAUCCGAUUCCCCUCAAAAGCAAAACCUUUGUUAGAUCAGAAGAGAACGAACCUGGGAUCUGAAAGGAUUAAAGAGAGAAACACUGAGGUCAGCCUGUAUUACAAUUUCAAAUGUGUUCUUCUUAAUUAUUCCAGAAGUUUCAAACUAGAAUUAUUUAUGAUUUAUGAAUAACCAGCUGUUUUAUUUUUUUGUUUUGAAUUCACGAUUUAAUUUUUGAAGCAAGUGAAUGGAAAUCACGACUGAAGUGAUCAGAAACACCAUUUAUUUUCAAUGAAAUACCUUUAACAAGAAGAUGCUUAAAGUUUAAGGGAAACUUUGUUUACAAAACCUGUUGGAAUGAUUUGCCAAAGGAAGAAAAAUCUGUUUUGAUUUCAAAUAAACUGCAUCAAUUUAAGUUUCCUUAAAGAAAAUGGUAGUAGCAUUACAGAUCACGAUGUUCUAUUUCUGCUUUUAUCCAGAUCAGAGAGAGGAAAAAUAGUUUGAUGACUAUCUGAAUGCGUGUACUGCUUUACCUGCUGUCCGAUCGAAACGUUUUGAACGUCACUACAGACGUGUGAAGUCUUACUGGAUAUAGAACUAUUUCCUGUUCCUUUACUUUCUUACUUAAGUAUUACCUUGUACCAGCUUCUGUUGAGAAAUUUACCUUGCUAUGGGACGAGCUUAAUGGGACGAGAUUAAUUAGAAUAAUCAACCCAUUCUGUGGUGUUCUGAAUCAUGUGUUUAUGAGUAUUAAGUCUGGGCAGAUUGUCAAAUUUGGCCACUUUAAGGAUCCUGAUGAUAAGUAUUUGGCUGUCCCUGACUCAGAAAUGUUAGGCCUGAUACCCUGUUUCUCAAUAAAUGGGUGUAAAAGCCUUUUAAUCAGUUCUAUUAACAAGGUCAUUAACAAGGUGGUGCAUGAUUGAAAAGGGUUAUGGGAUUUUAUUUUAUAGUUUUUUUUUGGUACUUAAAUAAAUUCCCAGUAAUGAAUCAAGCAAUGGAAAAAAGCCAGAUGCUUGUAAUGGUUAAUUUGAGGAGUUUCGCUGCCCUGUGUGUGCCCUCCCAGUUCGUAUGGAAAGCAAAUUUCUCAAAAUGUUAGGAUUUCAGGGCUGUAGAGUUGAUUACCCCGUAACAAACUCUUCUCUUCUGCAUUUGUUAUGUUAGAAGAUUUUGUUUUGUUUUGUUUUCCAGGAAUCGUGCCGUCACAGAAAUGAUAUUUAUUCAGAAUUAAAAUCGGGGGCUUGGUCAUCUAUGGCCCGCAUUCGAAUUCCAUUUUGAAGAGACCAUUUAAAUGUGUUGGACACUAAUCAUUUACAGAAAGAGUUAAGAGUUGGUUACAACUUAGUAUUAAAGAGAAAACAUGCAAAGCAAGUUGGGGAAAAACCAUUGAACACUUGUGAAGUAAAAGUGGAAUGAGGUUCACCAAAAUUUGCUCUCAAGUAUUUCCAACCUUUUCAACUAAAAUGUGCAUUAUUACAUCAGUUCAAUAAAAUGUGAACUUGAGAAAUA